GUGAGCAUAUACGCAAAUAUCGUGUUGGCAAGAUGAACCUUUGUCAAAAUCUAAGAAUUAUUUGCUGAGCCGAGGUUAGGGCGUUUGGAAGAUUAAGUAAUGAUCUUUUUCUAUGAUAAAUUAUCUUAUUCUUGUGAUAUCAAUAACUUGGGAUUAUAGGCCGACCGUGAUCGCCUGAUAUUUGUGAUCUUUGAUGACCAAUGAGGUCUUUAAAGCGAUAUUUCCUCUUGAAUUAUGGCCAAUAAACGUUUAAGCAAGCUAAAAACUAACGAGCUGGAACCGUCCGAACAAGAUUUAGCCGAUGAAGACGGACACGAAUUUAAUCUAAGUGGAGUACUUUCGUUGACGGAAACGAAGAAAACAGCAUGAAGUUACACACAGAUGCAAAAGAUAGGGCAAACAGUAUCGGAACCACAUCUAAUGAUAGCCAAGAUGGGGAGGAUGAUGGUAUUGAUGACAGUUAUGAAAGAAUAAAAUCAAUUUCUACACUAAGUAACAGCAUCUCACGUGGAUUGAGUAUCUCAGUUAUAAGAGAAAAGACAGAUAAAGUUAACAUUGAUAUUAUUGAUGCAAGGGUAGUUGGACACGUACGGAAACGCUUUGCUCUCUAUACUCUAACUGUGACCAGGACUCCAGGACUUGACAGUGACAAAGCCGUCAUUGAACGUAGAUACUCUCAAUUUUUAAAACUUUACAAAGAACUGAAAAAGGUUUUCCCAGAUUUCAUGGGAGAUAUCGAAUUUCCUGAAAAGAAAUUGAUUGGGAACCUCAAAGACACUCUGGUCAGAGAACGAUGUAGACUUUUACAAAGUUUCAUCAGAAAUAUUCAUGAAAAUAAGGAGAUAAAAAAUUCAGAGAUUUUCAAAAAGUUUUUCUAUAUUGAAUCCUUACAACAAGGUUGUCAAUUUAUUUGUGGUGGCCUGUUUGAACAAGCAUUGAAUUAUUUGCUAAAUGGUCUACAUUUGCAACAAAAGCUUGCCCUGGAUUCAACAAGCGAGGUAAUUGCAACAUUGAGCAACAUUGUUGAGUGCUACACAUCUUUAAAGGAUUACAAAAAGGUAGUGGAUUAUUGUAACGCUGCAUUAGAAUUGAUAAAAGAUGAUACUAGCAAUGUAUAUUUGGUGCCACUCUUGCAAACCUUAAAGAAUGCGUAUGACCAAUUGGGUGAAAGCUCUGAGUCAACAGAAAGAAGGUUAAAAGAAAUUGUUCAUCUUAAUCGAAUUGAAGUUCCAGAUGUGCGAUCAUUAAGGGAACUAUCUGCAAAAAGAUUUGCCAAACAAUAAAGGUUUUUUUAAAUUAUGUAUAAAUUAUAUGACAAUAUACAAACUAUAAGCAUUGCAUCCAAAUAAUAUUUGCACACUCAAGUUUACAAUUAGGUCCAAAU